UAUCCAGCUGAUCGGCCUGGAAUCCCGUAUAGGAUCCUUGGACUUUCUGCGGCCGCUUCACUGUCGUUUUUAGCAUGGUUUUAUUGUUUAUAAAUAUAUGACUCGAAUGACUUGGAUAAUUUUUUAACCUUGUUUUUCCAGAUAAACAAGUAGCCUUUGGGUUGUUUCUUUUUAUCUCUUCUACGCUCUUCUGUAACCCCCCCUGCCUGUCUCUAGGCCUUGUGGAAAUCCUGGGACUUGCCUAUUCGUCGUCGCCGACUACAGCCAUGGGAGACACGGGCAGCGAGCGCAGCAAACCACCUAGUUUGCCGCCCCGGUGCCCUUGCGGAUUCUGGGGGUCCAGUAAGACUAGAAAUCUCUGUUCAAAGUGCUUUGCUGACUCUCAGAAGAAGCAGCAAGAUGAUGACUCUGCUUCUGGCCCAGCCACCAGCACCAGUCCCUCAGAUGUCUUCACAAAUGACACUAAUAGUAACAGCAGUAGUAGCAUCUCUCCUUCAUUUUCAUUGCAGAACGUUAGCACCCAGCCUCACACAUCUGAAACGAAUGUAGCAUCUUCAAGCCAAGAGGAAUGUGUUCCUUGCACAGACACAGCUCAUGGUACAUUGUCAGUGUCCUCAAAACGGCCUUGUGAAUCAGGUUCAACGUCUGAAAAUGAAGAGUCUCCAGGAAAACGCCCUCGACUGGAAGAUGAUGUUACUGAGGAAAAUCGUGGUGGAUCAAAGCAGCGGAACCGCCGGCGUUGUUAUCGUUGCCAAACUAAACUUGAGUUGGUACAACAAGAGUUGGGCUCUUGCCGGUGUGGUUAUGUCUUCUGCAUGCUGCACCGCCUCCCUGAGCAGCAUGACUGUCUCUUUGAUCACUUGGGCCGUGGACGAGAGGAGGCCAUCCUGAAGAUGGUGAAGCUGGACCGCAAGGUGGGACGGUCAUGCCAGCGAAUUGGUGAAGAGUGCUCCUGAGCAGCUUUACUUAGGCUCUGUCUUUUAGAUCGAAUCAACUAGCCUUAUCUAAACAAACAAACAACACAUGGCCCCUAUACCUGAGCUAGCCAGUAUGCAGACUUUACACCCCGGCUUCCUCACUUCACUUCUCAGGAAUGUUAACAGCACGACCCUACUGGCCAAUUUUUUUCUCACUGCAGACUAUGGUCUGGGCUCUCCACUGUCUUUAAAUUUUAUUAUUAUUAUUAUUAUUAGUUUUACCCCUUUCAGAUUCUUUGCUUGGACUGAUAGGGUCAGAGUCAUAAUAUGAACACAGAAGGAAAACUGAUAUUCCUAGCCAAGUGGACUCAACAUGUGUCAUUUCUGGCCCACAUUUAUUGCAUGCAGAUCAACAGCUCUUUCAGCUUCAACGAUCUUGGAUAGUUUGUAGCAGUCUUACUUCAUCAAUUAAACUUUUGCACAGCAGCAGGACUGGGGAAACCUGGGAAUUCAAAGGCAUUAACAUUGGCACCAAGGACCCACGCUGAGAACAAUGCCACGAUGACCUUUUCUGCCUGGCUCUAACAUGGCUAUCUUUUGACAGAAAAGCUUGACACUUCAGUAAUAGCCAAAUGUGGUUGGGAUUUUUUUUUUUUUUUUUUGCCCUAACUGAUUAGGACCUUUUUAUCUGUUGUCUGACCUGAUUUUCUUGUAGUACAAAGCUUGGCUAUGCUUGUUCCAUGGCUGGAACGUUUAAAUAUAAAGCCAAGUAGACCAGCUGACUGUAUAAUUGUGUGUUCUGUUGGCUAGACCUGUUACUAACUGGCUAAGUAAUUUUGUCAUAUGGUGUGAUUUCUUACUGAAUAUUUUUGUAUAAGAAUAAUUAUAUUACCAGUUAAAAAAAAACCAAGUCAAAUUCACCUUUAAAUUCACAGAUUAGAUUUGUAGAUCACAGAAUUCUAUCAAGUUACACACCACACAUGAAAAACCAUACAUUUGUGGCUUUUCCUUUGACUCUUUAGCACUUCCGACAAUUAAUAGCAAAUUUGGAACAAGCAAAUACUUGUUCCUGACACUACAUAAUAGUUAACCUUCACCUUUUUCAAUUCAGUAAAUGUUCCAUUUCCAAAAUGGUUAUGAGAGUCGAAAGUAGACAUUUGAAUAUAUGUCCUUGUGAGAACGUGCUUUCCCACAUUUCACAGCAAAAUAAGCGUAGUUAUUACUUCAAGUUGUUUUCAGAGGGAAUAAAAUAUACUGAUUUCAGUUAAACAUUAAUAGUGCCUAUAAGAGUGUAUCAUAUGCUACAUGAAAAUGUCACUGUCUCUCAUAAAUUAGAAUUUCACAGUUUAUACAUGCAAUAUUUCCUAAUUUUAAAAUGCAGAGUAUUUGUAAGGUAGAAUUUUUUUUAGUUUAGCAUUUUUCAGCCUACAUUGUCAAGUACUCUGCUUUUCCAGCCGUCAUUAUCCUAUUAAACAGAGCAAGAUAGAGGCUGGGCUCUGCAGAACAGGUUGAUUUAAUAGGUUUUGUAAGCACCAGACCUGAUUCUCUUCUUCUCUGCUUUACCAUAAUGGAAUCAGAUAUAGACAAUCAUUCAGAUCUUCAUAGUAAUCACAGAUGUUCACCCACAGUCAUUGAUCUUUUAGCAUAAUAAAUAAUUUACAGAGCGGUAUUUCAAGAGUAUGUUAGAUUUUACAUGUAAACAAAACUGAAGAACUUUCUAAUUUUGCAACAUUUGUAAGGUUGUGACACAUAAAGUAAAGGUUAAAAGAUUAAAGAUUAAAAAGACAACAAAGAAAACAAGAGUUAAUCUUACUAAUUUCCAUGUGCUUUGGUUAUUUGAUUUUCUAGUUUUUCCAUAUUUUGAAGCUAUAAAAUGCCAAUGCUUUUAUCCUUGCCCAAACUGAAGAGAAAUAUUCCUUUCAUGCAAGUUGUCAGGCAACAAAAUAUCUCUGCAGUUGAAUUACCCAUAAAGGCAAACAAUAUGGGAAUAAUCAUUAGGAAUGGCAACAUGUAGUCGGUUUGAGCAACAGAGCAACAGCAAGCAGCUGGGGUCUGAAAUUGGCAUAACUUCAGGUGUUUUAACAUCACAUUCUGUGGAAGCCAUUACAUUUAUGGAGUCUUCAAAAUGACAGGAAGAAAGGUCAUGCGUUGGUUUGAAAGAGUCAACUAAACAUUUAAGUAGUUAAGUAACAAUGCCUGUGGCAUUUAUAGGAGACUCUUAAUCUCCUCCAUGUGGGACUACAAUGUGGGGAGUUGGACUUUUCAAGAUCAGUGCUUCCUGACAAUAACACCCAGGUGAACCUGAAUAAACAGAAAUGAAGCUCAACUGGUCACUUUUAAGGGUUCACUUUCCAAAGAAAACAACAAAACUGUACAGUUGAGAGUCCCAAUUUUUUUUUCUCUUCUUUGCAUAGCUAAAGCCACCUUGUAAUGCUCUGCACAAAAAUUCCAUAGCUUUUCCAGAGGAAGUAUUCCUGACGGGCUAUGCCGACAUUUUCAAGCAAGUUAUCAAGGCUUUACGAUCAUCACAUGAGAGAUGCAAAGCAAGUGCUGGGUCUCUUCCAAACCUGGCAAAGGAACUGGUGUUGACUUUAAGGGUGCAUUUAUUUUAAGGAGUUGUUCUCUGUCAUGUUUAAAGUAAAGUAUCAUUUGUAUCCUGAAAUGAAUCCUUAUUUAACCCUUUGUGCUAUCAGAUUUACUUACAUACUUAGCAUAGAGCUUAAUUUUAGUUAACCAUUGUAAAAACAAACAAAAAAUCUGUAUCUGUUCUUUUCUUUCCCUAUUACUGAAAGAAAUAAAUUCAAUUAGGUGAAAGUUA